GUUUCACCAGUAAACCCCACACUGUGUGACUUGUCUCCUUUUUAUGAGUGCUGUGUACGUAUGUGUGUGUGUAUGUGUGUGUAUUGUAAGCAGCUCUCCCAGGGGAUCUUUGAUCAGACAGCUGCACUGUGAAUUAAUCCAGUAAUACAGGAUCAACCAGCACACACAGAGUGUCCUCUCCCCUGGCUGCAUCAUGCUUCUCAUAGAGAUUCUAAACUCUGCCCUGUGAUCUGCCUGGGACCCAUGUAACAUGGAUUAACACACAACACAGGUAGCCAGAGACGAGAGCAACAUCCAGAGGCGAACAGAUCACCCCAAGAAGAAACUGGAGUUCGAGAAGUGAGAUCGACCUGGGGAUCUGAGUUGAUUUUCAACUAUCCUUAAAAGCUAUUGUGAUCUAUUGCGAAGAGUGCGAUGGUGGCUGCUAUGGAUGUGACCAUAAGCAGCGGGAUCGAGUAUGGACCGAAUCAGGGAAAGCAGAUCUCUUCCCGGAGAGGACUGUCGGAUAAAAGGCAUCAGAGGAGCAGGACUCGCAGGAAAAGGAAGGAUCUGCUGCUGGGACAGAUGUGUUUAAUGAGCUGCCUCAUGCUGUUCGGUUCUUCUUUUUCUCACUGGGCUAAAAGAUCGGGUUAUGACCUCACCCAUCUAGAUGAUGAUCAGGUCAAUCCAGUAGAUGCCAGUCGAUGGAAUGGACGAGGUCUCCUCUGGACAGAUGAAGACAAUAUCACAGAAGUACAAAAUGAAAUUCCACAUCGCAAGAAUUGCACUGAACCAGCCCUUCAUGAAUUCCCCAGUGAUAUCUUCUCAAAUGAAGACCGAAAGCACGGGGCAAUCUUUCUACACGUUUUCUGUGCAAUGUAUAUGUUCUACGCUCUUGCUAUUGUCUGUGAUGACUUCUUUGUUCCGUCCUUGGAAAAAAUUUCUGAAAGGCUGCAGCUCAGUGAAGAUGUGGCUGGUGCUACUUUUAUGGCUGCUGGAAGUUCAGCUCCAGAGCUGUUUACAUCCAUCAUAGGAGUAUUUAUUACAAAAGGAGACGUGGGAGUUGGAACCAUUGUUGGCUCUGCUGUGUUCAAUAUUCUCUGUAUAAUUGGAGUCUGCGGACUGUUUGCAGGACACGUGGUUGUUUUGUCAUCCUGGUGUCUUUUAAGGGAUGCCUUAUACUAUACGCUGUCGGUUAUUGCCCUAAUUGUGUUCAUUUAUGAUGAAAAAGUUGCAUGGUGGGAGUCCUUGAUUCUAGUCCUGAUGUAUGCUGUUUACAUUAUUAUUAUGAAGUUUAAUUCAAACAUACACAAUUGCUUUGAAAAGAGUUGUAAGGGAAGAGCAAACCUGGCCAAUGGAUUAGCGAGUAAUGUGGAAAUAGAUGACAACGUCAACUGUGAUGCCACCGUGGUUUUACUUAAAAAGGGAAACUUCCAUCGCAAAACCUCAGUGAUCAUGGUAGACGAGUUACUGUCCGCCUACCCACACCAGCUCUCGUUCUCUGAGGCCGGACUCAGGAUCAUGAUAACUAGUCACUUUCCCCCCAAAACCCGACUCUCAAUGGCCAGUCGAAUGUUAAUAAACGAGAGGCAGAGACUAAUAAACAGCAGAGGGUACUCAAAUGGCGAGUCAGAGGUGUCCAUAAAAAUCCCCAUCAAACAUGCAGUAGAGAAUGGAACAGGCCCUGCAAACUCAGCAGAGAGGAAUGGCAACGGCACCAGGAGGGAUGAAGAUGUUCCUGAGGCCGGGAAUGAAACAGAAAAUGAGAAUGAAGACAAUGAGAAUAAUGAGAAUGAUGAAGAGGAGGAGGAGGAAGAUGAUGAUAAUGAUGGGCCCUUUACUCCGUUUGAGAUUCCCGCUGGAAAUGCCAAUAGACUGAAAUGGGUGCUAACUUGGCCCCUAUGUUUCCUCAUGUACUUUACCGUGCCCAACUGUUCUAAGCCACGCUGGGAGAAAUGGUUUAUGGUCACAUUUGUCGCCUCCUCCAUCUGGAUUGCUGCCUUUUCUUAUGUGAUGGUGUGGAUGGUCACUAUAAUCGGAUUUACAUUGGGAAUACCAGAUGUAAUUAUGGGUAUCACCUUCUUGGCUGCAGGGACCAGUGUACCAGACUGCAUGGCUAGUCUGAUAGUAGCACGACAAGGUAUGGGCGAUAUGGCUGUAUCGAAUUCCAUCGGGAGCAAUGUAUUUGACAUCCUUAUCGGACUCGGCCUCCCUUGGGCAUUACAGACCCUGGCGGUGGACUAUGGAUCAUAUAUCCAGCUGAACAGUCGGGGACUCAUCUAUUCUGUUGCAUUACUACUGGCUUCCUUGUUUGUUACGGUGUGGGGAGUCCACCUGAACAAGUGGAAACUUGAUAAGAAGUUGGGAGUGGCGUGCCUUCUCCUGUAUGGCAUGUUCCUCUGUCUCUCCAUCCUUACAGAGUUCAAUGUCUUCACCUUUGUGAACUUGCCCAUGUGCAGGGGAGGAAUCUGAUCUUUACAUCAGACAUGUGGAAGAGCUCAUCUUUCCUUUCUGUGCAAUACACACACACAGCCCUCAGCAAGAAACAACGGCGUACCCAGAAAUAAUCUCCUGGUUAUUGUUCAUGCAACUUGUUUUUUUCCCUCCUUUUUCCCUAUUGCUGUUUUGAAGAGGAAAAACUCAUUUCUUUGAAUUGUGUUUUUGAUGCGCCAGAGUCCUAUACUCAUCUUAGAAUUUGUCCUUUUAAACAGUGACCAGGGUAAUAGGUUGUAAGGCUGCUAACUGGCCCGGAGCCAGCCCUAAACCAUGUCUGCUACAAUUCCUUCUUUUAACUUAUUUGGUGGAAGACUAAUCUAAUUUAUGACUUCAGAUUGCUCAAAUAUUAAGGAACAAUGGGAAGGAUUCAUUGCCAGCGUUUAAUUAUAAGGAGUAACAAGGGAUCAGAAGCUAAAUUAUUUUGCUUGUUGACAAAAAAAAAAAACUCUUUCUGAACGAUCCGCUGGACUACAAUUUCUAUGUGAAAAAAAUCCAAAACCCGCUGAGUGUCCUGUGAACUUACAUAUAAUGGUAUAUAUAAUGUGUUGAUCUUUUUUUGCUCGUAGUAUCAAGAGAGAAGGCGGAAAGAAUUUAUUUUGAUUAUGAACAAACCUCUCUUUCUGAAAAAUCUUAGCUAAAAGGUAGAUU